AUGUCAAAAUGUCAGAGCUACAACGUCGCUAUGUUAAUUGCAAUAUGCGAGUUAAACAACCGUACUAAAGAGGCCAGACCAGAGGACUUUGUCAAGAACAAAGACAGAUACUACGUGGUGAAAGGUCCAAAACGAGGGGAUAGAAAACGCAAAGAUUAAAAAGUAGUACUAAGGUAAAGGAGGGGGGAGGGGGGAACACUCACUUUUAGAGCUACCUUGAUAGAGAAUACCGAUCAUACUCUAAAUCCCUAGAAAUCUUCACAGUUUUUUAAAGGUGACGCAAACAAAUGGUAUGGUAACCUGGCAUUUCUUUCGUUCCUAAAAAAAUAAUAACUAUUUUCAUUGCAGUUCCCCCUGGAUCAACUCGUGAUUUGCCCGUUAAAUCUUAUAAGGAGAUUAAGGCAAGUGAAGGAGGACAGGCAGAGAGUGGUGAUUAUUGGCUGGACUCUAACAGAUCUGAGAAGUCUAUUUUAGCUCGCUGUGAUAUGAGAAAAGAAAUAUUUUUGGUGCUUUUUAAUUUUUGAGCUCACGAGAGUCCUUCUCUUCAUGGAUUUUCUUUUUACCCAGUUGCAGACUACUGCGUCAAGCACCAGUGCUAAUACGAUGCAAAGUGUGCGAACCGUGAGAUUACACGUGUGCGUGUAACUCAGUUGGUUGGACAGGAAAAUAUUGUGAAAAAGGUUUGUCACUUUAAAUCAUCCGCUAUUUUAGGAGCGUGUUAAACAAAGAUAUUUAACUAAGGAGAUGAGAGAUGUUUAAUUAAGAUAUGCUUAUCCACAGAUGUCAAAGAAUGUGUGGAAGCUUUACAUGGUUGUGAUCCCAACGCCAUUUGUGAUAACACUGUGGGUUCCUACAUCUCUACAUGCAGACCAGAAUUUAUUGGAGACGGAAGAAACAGCUGUACACGUACAGGUAAGGUUGAAAAUAACACUUUUUGUGGAGACGUUGUUAGAGGGAUAAGCUAGAACUUACUGCGUACAAUUGUACAUUCUGACUACUACACCAGUUGGUGGUGCUGACUAAAGAGUAUCUUUUUUUAAUUGUUCCACAAAUCGUGAAAGAAUGAUGCACUUUUGAGCAAACAAUAUCGUUUUAUCGCUCGUGACUGAUAUUGUCACACGCACCUACAUAAAACCAACUAGGAUGCGUUUCGUUUAUGAUCAAGGAGUCAUAGAACAAAACGAAAACUCAAGGAAGAACAACAAGUGGGAAAUGGCGAUUGCCUUCCCUUAUCAUGUGCAUGUGUAGUUCGAAGAAUAUUUCUCUACGAACGAAGAGCAGCAUCUUAACAAUAGUCUUUGACUGGCUGUGUUCAAUCACUCGCAGACGUUGAAAAGAUUAUGCCUAUUAUUUAGGAAAAACCGCAUUUCCUUCUUUAGUUCAUUCUUGUAAGGAAAUUCGGAACGCAAGCUCCCAUCUUAAAGACGGAGAGUACUGGAUCAAUCUUACGAGGAACGGAAACCUUUUAAAGGUCUACUGCGAUAUGACAACCGAACGAGGUAAGGAAGGGAUGUUUAAGAAAAACUAAUAACUAUAAUGGUGCUUUUUAACUUCUGCACAAACUGUCUUUUAAUAAUAAAUGGAAUGUAAAAUUAUUCUGCUUAAUCAAGAAUUUAAUUUCAUUUAAUUUCUUUUUUCAGGAGGUUGACUUCUGGUCUCCAGCGUUGUCGUCCACAACCCAUCGUCGCUAUCGUUCUCAUACGAUCAUCAUACCAUGAAAUAAGCAAUUAUCACAACAAGUCGUUGUUACUGACGACAGAUGCCACGAAGAAACUGAGAACACAAUUGUAUUUCACUCAAUUGAGAUUCCACUGCAGCAAAAAAAAGGGACGUACCUGCCAUUUGACAGCUAACAGCAGUGGUGAAGCAGUAGUACAAUACUUCAGUGGUCAGACAGAUGCCAAUCCGAAAGCAUGUGGCUCGUUUGUGAGGAUGAAGGAUGACAACUCGAAGUUAGCGGCUGAUUGUAAUCAAUGGCACCAUGAAACGUGGGGAAACUCUAAUAAAUAA